AUGGAGGUCACUCUUCGCGUAACAGAUAAUUAUGAACCAGAUCAAUACUUACUUGUCGAAUUUACUGAUGAAAUUGAUGAUAUUUUUGAAAAAGCACGUCUAAAUGGUGAAGAGUUACCAAAAUUAUGCAUAAAGGCUCAAUCAUUAGAUGAGGAGCCAGUAUUUUGUACACCAGAUAAAACAUUUUCAAUUAAAAAAAAAGAAUAUACAGAUUCUAUGUGUUUAUUUGUUCCUCAACCUGUUAAAAAUCAUGAAGGAUCAAAGAUGGAUAUAGAUGAAGAUUUUAAUAUAUUUAGUGUUGAAAGUAAUAAUAAUACAGAUUUUAGUAGAAAGAGUGAAUUGUUACAUAAACGAGAAGAAAUAUUAAUGAAAAAACCAGAAUUUAUAUUAGAAAUGGUUGAGAAACGUAAAUUUGUUGUGGAAUUAAUUCAACAACCACCAGAACUUGAGGUUUUAAAUAAAUUAUUGAAACCUACUACUUAUACUGGGCCUGAAAAUGAAGAACACAUUAAGAAAAAGUAUAAACUUUACACGUUAGAUGAAUUAGAUGGUAUUAUAAAAGCAAGUGUUGGAGAAAUAUUAUGUACAUUUGAAAGAAAAUAUGCCUUAGAAAUCGAUGGAUAUUGGAGAUAUGUAGAUCUAAAAUAUUUACUUCAAUUAUAUGAAGCAAUAAAUUUACAGUCUGGAAUUUAUCUAGGAAAUUUUGAAGUUAUCAAAUUAUCUGAAAUUUCAAAAAUUAUAAGUGAUUAUGGAUUUCCUGAUUUUUUGAUAAGACAUUGUCUUUCAAUGUUAUCAGAAUCAAAAUGUGAAAAUGAAUUAGAUCCAAUUUUCAUAUUAUCACCUUCAAAAGUUAGUAGAUUUGUUGCCAUAGUUUUAUUAGAUACGCAUAAUAAAAACAACUUGCUUUUAAAUGAUUUUAUGAAAGAAUGGAGAUUAAAAGUUCCAAGUAAAUUUGAAAUUGGUCUGGAUACAAUCAAUGAUUGUACAGUUAUCAAACAAGAUGAGCAAGGGUUAGAAUAUAUAUUGUAUCAACCUGUUGAUGAAUUAUCAUCAAUACCAAAAGAAAGAUUUAAACAAUUGUUUACAAUUAAACCUAGAUGGAGAGCUGAUCAACUUGAACAAUUUCUUAAAGAUAUUGCUGAUACAAAAAAGAAAAUCUAUGAUUAUAUUUUUAAAUACUCAAGAUAUUUAACAAACAAUGGUCAUGUUGUUAAAGAAAAUGAUAAAGUUUAUUUUGUUGCAAAAAGAGAACUUUGA